UCGCACCUGAUCAUUGUCACGUAGUACAGCAAUUUACCUAACGAGAGUUAUCUUCCUCUUCCAUUCAUUUUUCGUGGAGUUUUUUCACUUUAAAAAGUACGUCAGACUGGUGCCAACUUCAAAACACUUUUCGUACUUUCGUGGCUCAGUAAAUUAGAACUCAAAUAGGUACCUUCCUACUUCACCAUGAAAACUUCGCUUUCGUUAUUUGCCUCAAUGGCAACUUUACUAGUGAUCUGCAUCCAUCAAGCUCAUUCAGCACAUUUCAUGCAAGAUGGCAAAGAAUACGAUGACAAGUUUUACGCCAUGUUUUCCGAAAAAGCUCCCGUCAAAGAUAUCAUCAAAUUGGCCGUAAGCUGGAACGCCGAAAGACAAUUGGAUCACUUUAAACAAAUGUAUCACCACAUCAACGAAAAAGACGAAUCAGCUGAAUACGCUCAGGAGAUCGUAGAUGCUGCCCGAAUUUCCUUACAGAGAUCCUUGGAUCAAGUAGGUUUCGAGAAGAAAAUAUCCCUCGAGCAAUAUCUAUUGGGCACUUAUCAGAUUCAAAAUGGUAUGAAACCCGAAGUGGAACAGGAUGUAUUGGAAGCUCUACAAAAAUUAGAACAUUUCAGCAGAGACGAAUUUGAAAGGCUUUUGGAUGAAGGAGAACAAGAGGAAGUCGAGUGGGAGUUGGAGCACUUGUAUCAUAAGAUAAUCCCUAAGAAAGUGCAGAAAGUCGGUAUCGCUGUUAAAUUGCCGAAAGUUGAAGGCAGUUCGGUCGAUGGACCACAACCUGCUGAUGACUCGGUUUCGGAAAAACCAACAUCAGAAGAAUCAGUAUCUGCUGAACCAGCAGUAGAAUCACAAGACUCAAUCCAAAACCAGGCUCCUGAAACGCAAGAAUCAGAAGAACCAGUUUUGGAAUCAUCAGACUCUAAUGAUGAACCAACUCAGGAGUCACCAGAUUCAGUAGAAGAAGUAGUCUCAAAACCAGAACCUGAAGAACCAGUUCAAGAACAGAAGGAAUCAGUAGAAGAAAUUAUCGCAGAACCGAACGAACUAGAAGGAGAGGCCUCAGAACCUAAAGAAUCAGAACCAGAAGUUGAGAGUCAAAAGAAAAUGAGUCAGGAAGUUUAAAUUUUUCUAUCUGCCUACACCUAAAUACGAGUACCUACACAUACAUGCAAUAAAAUUAUAAUUAAAAUUAGAUACCUCGUACCUAUUAGUACAUUUAUUCAACUCAAUAUUAAAACAUUAUUUCAUACGUACAAUAA